AUGGUGAAUCAGCGUUCCAGAAUGGAAGAAGAACUAGUCAAAGGGCGAGACAUAGCAAACCAGUUACUUGAACUGUGUGUUCACAGAUCCAACAGUCACCAUCAUCAUCAUGAAGAUGUAAAAGGGUCAAUGCUUCCCUUUAUUGAAGAUCUUGUGCGCAAGGUGCUGUGUUCAUUCACAAACACCCUUUUGCUUUUGAACAAUGAUAAUGAUGUCUCUAAUGAGGUUGCUGUUUCUAUGACUGUCAAAGAUGUUCCUCCAUUCUCCAAAUGUCCAAACCCUCACCAUACUGAUGAGGUUUGCAAGGGUUUCUUCCAAACUAAAAAACCAAGAGGGUCCUACAAGAGAAAAUCAAGUGCACCAACAUGGGUGACAAACAGCUCAAUCCUGGUGGAAGAUGGCUAUGUAUGGAGAAAGUAUGGACAAAAGAUAACAACAAAUGCAAAAUACCUCAGGAGCUACUAUAGAUGCACUCACAAACAUGACAAAGGUUGUCCUGCAAUCAAACAGGUCCAGAGAAUUCAAGAAGAUCCUCCAUUGUACCAGACAACAUAUUAUGGUCAUCACAAUUGCAAAAGCUUUUCAAGUUCAGAUAUAGUGAUGGAAUCAGCUUCUCCUUCUGCCUCUUCUGUGUUCCUUAGCUUCAGUAACACCUUGCCAACCAAGGAACAAUACCAAUUACAGACAUCUUCAGUUUCUUCAUCCAUGAAACAGGAGCCAGUGGAAGUGAUUCAGGAUGAGCUUAUUGCUGAUCAAAGCCUAUUAGCCUCAUCAGAUUACCUUCUGUUAUGUGACUACGAACAUGAUUUCAUUUCAAUUACUUGA